AUGGGUGAUCGAAAGGCAGUUAUUAAAAAUGCCGAUAUGACGGAGGAAAUGCAAACUGAGGCGAUUGAUUGUGCAACUCAGGCUCUUGAGAAGUAUAAUAUCGAGAAGGACAUUGCUGCCUAUAUCAAGAAGGAAUUCGAUAAGAAGUUCAACCCGACAUGGCAUUGCAUUGUUGGGCGCAAUUUUGGGUCAUAUGUCACGCAUGAGACCAAGCACUUCAUCUACUUCUACUUGGGCCAAGUUGCCAUUCUUCUCUUUAAGAGCGGUUAGAGGGUUAAAUAAUUGGAAAGAAGUGAGAACAUAAAAGUAAAGAAAAAUGAAAAGAAAUCCGACCCUAUUUUUCUCAAUAUCAUCAUUUUGAUUGAUCAUAUACUUAUUUUAAUGUUAGUUGUUUUGUGAAUAAAAAUAUUUCUUUUCUUUUUCGUUUUUUAAGCAUUAGCUUUUUGCUGAUAAUUUUUAAUUUUUUUGAGAUUUUUUGUUAGAUUUUGAGGAUUAAUUUUUUGGUAUUGUGACUUGUUGGUGGAGGGGAUUUUUGUUCGGCCGAGCUAUUGCGUAUUUGAAUUUCUGGCCCAAAGAUCAGCCUACUCCCUUCUCGCCCUCCACCAUGGUUUUUGACCAUUUCGAGCCCUAUAACUCGUUCCACCGCGGACCUAUCAUUUGCAUAUUUAUAUUUCCUCACAAGUUGCCCCUAUGGAUUUCUUUCUUCGUUGGCCUAUAUCUCG